AUGACAGAGGAAGAUUGGGGAGAGGAAAAAUAGUAACCCCUAGGGUGAUGCGAGGGCAAAAGAAGGAAAGAGGGGAGGGGGAGGGGAGAAAAAAAAUACGCCUGCCCGAUAUCAGUGUUCUUUUGGGAAACUCCUUACAAUGGCAAACGGAGCUUCUGAUUGGUGCGGCAUAGGGGAAGUACAUUGAUGCCUGCCAAUUAACUUUAAGUCUACAUUGAUUAUUCCGUUUUCGUUUGCAAUGAACUGCGGGACAGAAUUAUUCUGAAUUCAGAAAUGCCGGACGUAAAUUCGAAUUUUAACUCCUACUGUCGAAGCAAGUCUCUUGGAAUUGGAGUGGCUGGGAAUGUCGCGUGUAUUGCGUAAUAAGAAAGUCAAAACCAUUUCUACACUGGCAUCAGGAAAAGAUUUGCUCGCAGUGCUAAAACCUUCACCAUUUUUACCUCAUGCCAAAAUGCUGCUUGUUCCAAUACGUUUUUUUUUUCUGACGAGUAGAUUGUGGAGGUUUCAGUUUCACAGUCCAUGUUUGGACUGAGCAGAUGUGAUUUUCUCUUCUCUCUUUCCGCCCUCUCCCCGCUCCCUUUGACUCGCCCCAGUUCCUCCUCUCCUCGGGAGUUUCAACAUGGCGCUUUCGCGAGCAAAAAUAUUCGCGCACCAGAAGAAAACGCCUGCACUGCAUGCUAA